AUGGUCAUGGCCCAGGCAGAGGCUGUGUGCCCUGUGCCUGUGCAGUCGGGCAUGGCUAAGUGGCAUGCUGUUGCAAUGGACGAAGUGAUUCUUUCACAGCAGAGUUCAGAAGAGAUCCUUGAAGCAGAUGCGAUCAAAGAAGAGACUGCGUCUCGAAGCCAGGCUUCUGAAGUGGCAGAGCACAUGUGUGCCACAUGUGGGGCUGGGGUGGCUGGGGUGGCUGGGGCGGCUGGGGCUGAGGGGUGUGUGUGGGCCCAAAACACAUCCCGUUUGAGUCUCAUCGAUUGCAUCGAUGUGGAUGCUGCCAUUCCACGUCCUGAGCCCUGGUGGGUGCAGCUAGUCAAGCAGCACACUGGCUGCGCUAGUGUCAACACAGGCAGCCUUUUCAGGAAGAGGCCUCUCAAGCUGGUUUCUGCUUGCUCUGGCAUGCUGUCAGAGGCCAAGGUACUCGAGGUAGGUCCAGGCAAGCCGUGCAGUUUCCAUCUGAAAGUUGCUAUCUGCGAGCCAGUCUUGUUUGCAGCCCCUAUCACUUGUCAGAUGCUGCGCAUCCCCUAUGAGUGCGUCAGCGCGUCAGACUCAGAUCCAGAUUGCCGGGCUUUCAUGAGGGCCAACUAUCCUCCAACCUACAUGCACACAGACUGGGCAACCCAGCGUGAGUCAUGCCCUGCUCGCUCGAUGUUUGGCAAGCUGGAUUUCUUCAUGAUGGGUACACCCUGCCCACCAUACAGCAAGAUGAGGCACAAGCGAUUCGCAAAUGGGUCAGUUUCGCAACAUCCGCAGUUCUAUCAGACAGAGGACCUCAUCAUGUGGCUCAAGGCCUUUGAGCCAGGCGCUGGCUGCCUGGAACAGGUUGAUGGUUUCAGGAUGGGAGAAGACUGCUCAGACAUGUCUUCACCGCUGGAGAGGCUGAUUCAGGGAGUGGAUGCUGCCGAGUGGUACCACGGCGGGUACCACGUCUUUGCCAGCUUCAUGGACCUCAAAGCGCCUGGCAGGGGCCGUCCAGCAGGAAGCCGAAUUCUUCGUGAAGUCGUGAGAGACAAUCCAGAGAUGCAGUUCAAGGCUGAGAGUACCAGUGCCAAUGUGUCAAUCCUAGAUCUUCUUUCUGGGAGAGGCGCUCCUGCUCAAAGGAGUUCCAGCUCCACCUCAGAACUCCUUCCAUUGGCCACAGUGCCAGAGGCAAAGGUGGCAUGCUCCCCACAGGUCACAGCUGCUUCAUUGUUGAGUGGAGCGGCUGCGCCGCUACUGGGUAAAACCUUUGCGCAUUUGGUGUUGUUUCAGAGCCGAGAGGGAACAGCAGCUGCAGCCAACAGGCCUCAAGAACCCACCGCAGACACAACGCACUUGCCAGAUGGAGAGACUGAUGAUGCUGACAAGGGGGGCAUGAUGGCUGUGAUAGAGCAUUCGUUUGGUGAUUCCACAGCAAACCAUGUCAAGUCCAUGUCAGCUCUUGCAGAAGAUCUUGGUAUGACCAGAGCCACCCUCGGUCGGCACAAGCAAGUUUUGGCAGCUUCUCUGGUGCAGGCUUUUUCUGUUUCGUGGUCAUGUUGCUUGCAGCGUGUUCACCGUUUAAUACGUGAUGGCAUAAUGAGGGGUCACUGCCUGAUCAAGAAACGUGUUUAUGAUGAGACCCCCUUGAAGCUGCGGAUCAAGGUUCAAGGGGGGCAGAGUCAUGAACAGGCUUACAGUGUUGCGAAGACCUUGCAAUCACGCUUCAGCCUGGGCAUGUUGUGUGAGCGCAUUCCCUCUCAAACGUUUUUCUUCAUGCAUGGUUUGGUCGCAUCUCCACUGCAAGUGGUCUUCCGGACAAAGGCCGAACACUUGUUUGAGGCGCAGCAGGCUGUGGAAGGCUUGGUGCCUGGCCUUGACAAAGUAGCCAAAAGCUUUGACAUGACAAUGCAGAUGACAAGUACGGACCGAUACUCAGCGAAUGAGGUCACGGAGCAAGCAAUGAACUUUGUCACCCCCGAUCAGACUCGCUUGCACUUAUGGUGUGAUGUGCAUCGCUUAAGCGCAUGUCAAACCUGGCAACUUGGAAUUGCUUCCAGUCAUAUCAGUGGUGUCAUUGGCCUUUCGCUUUUGAUGAGGGAGGCGGGAGCUCUGACAGAGCUGCGCAAAUGCAUUUCCCAAGUCUUCCAUGACAGACUAGAGGUUGUGUAUGGUGAUCCGCCCACUGGUCAAAUCCAAGCCCAUCGAAAAGCAAUCCUGAAGAUGUUCCUGGGCGAGGAUGUGACCAAGCGUGAGGAGCCAUUGGCAGGCAAAAGAGCACGGCAGAGGGCCACGCUGGAUUUUUUCUGCAAUGGUGACUGGGAGCAGGCUGACAAGAUUCAGUUCUUCAGUUUGCAGCCUGUCGACAAGCAGCAGCUCCUGCAAGCCUUUGACAGGCUCGUGGUGCCGGCACUUUUGCCUGCUGGCAUAAGCAUGUUUCCCCGGCAUCGCUGGCAUGGUGGUGAGCUGGCUGUUGAUGAGGCAGGCUUACUGUUUGCAGUCCACAACAUCGGCGGAAUCGCUCUUCAGAUGUUCCUGACUGGGCAGUCUCCUGACCGUGCGUUGGCAGCAGAAAGUUCAGAAGACCCCAGCAAUGCUGCUUUGGAUGAUCUUGAUCCAGGAGAGUUGCCUGCAGUGGACACAUGCGUGGCCGAAAGCGUGCCUCAAGGGCCUCAGGAGUCUCAGCAGGAAAAUGCUCGGUCGCCAGAUGCGACUGACUGGAAGGCUGCGAAGCAGAGCAUGAAGCGGAUGACCACAGCUUGGGUCGACUCCAAACCUGGGCCUGUUCUUGUGGUUGUGCGCGCUGCAAUGACGGCCUCUGUUCGGUUGAUGCGAAAAUUCCUCUAUUUGGCCAGUCUCUCAUGGGAAAAGCACCAACAGCUGCAGGCACUACGAGGUAAGAAAAGAUCCUUUCGAUUGCUGGAAGCUUGGUGCGCGCGAGAUGUCGCUACAGCCUUUGCAACAUUGCGGGACACUUUUCACACUCCUUUGUUGGCUUUGCCACUGACGGCCAGAACAAAUUCAAUCAAAGUGCUUUCCUUCCGACUGUUGGCUCGAAUGGCUGGUGCGCUACACAAUUUGAUCCGCUUGCCGAGGUCUGGUUUUCCGUACCGCCUGUAUGGUCUACUGUCGUCUGACAGCAAGCCUGAGUUGGAUGAAAUGGCUGACAAGCUCCUGCGUUCUCCAGUCUGCUUGAGGGACCCUGCCUCGAAGGCCAUACUCAGCAAGUUUGCCAAUGUGGAUGCGCUUACAGGCCCAGCUGCCAAAGCCACCCUGGAAGCUUGUGCUUUGCUUGCUGAAGUCGAUGUUGUCAGCAUUGAAACGAAGCACCGUGCCACUCCGAAGAAAAAACGUGCUGUGCAGAAGCGAAAACCUGCCAGAACGAAUCCCAAGGGCCGAAAGCGCUUGGACCAAGUUGAGAAACGGCCUGGGGGUGCUCUUCGAGCAUUCUUUCAUGACAAGCUGCCCACUGUAGCAAAAGAUGAGUGGCAAGACAGGGGUGCGCUUUUUGAACGCCUGCGUCGAGAUUUCAAGACACUGUCACAGGAAGAACAGAGGCAUUACAAGGCUUUGGGUGCAGCAGCGACCUUGGCAGGGAAGCAUGGUGGGCGCCCCUUUGCAGAUCCAUCUACUGUGUCUGGGCAUGUUGCCAGAAGCCGGUCUUCCCAGGCAUUAGUUACUGCUUCCAGUGAACAAGAGAGACUAGCGUUGUCGAAAAUCGCAGCUGCUGAGAAGAAGGCCAUGUUUGCGCAACGUCUGGUUCUUGCCAGGGAGCGGACAGAUGCUGUUGAUUUGCAAGCACACCAGAGCCGCGCGGUGUUUCCAAGCCAUGAAAUCGUGGACACAUUGAAAGUGGCUACAUGGAAGAACGAAGUAAUGGCGGAGCCUGGCCACUUAUGUGCAGGCAAAUGGCCCCCUCAGGAGUCUUCAUCUGGCAAGGGUGGCAAAGGUCAGCGCUGGGUUCUCUCUUACCAGGACAAGUCUGGGGCACGCAAGAAUCUCUGUCGUGGCUACAGUUCUCGUGACGGAUGCAAGUUUGCGAAUUGUCGCUUUGAGCAUUUGUGUCCGGUCCCAGGUGGCAUGUGCUCGGCCACUCUGGAGCAGCAAGAUCUUGUGCGGUAUGUGAACGCAUUUCUCGCGCACCUUUUUCCUGAAGGCACUUGGACGAGCAUCUGUGUUUCUCACACUGAGUUUGCGCACAUCCACCAGGAUUUCAACAGCCCCGACUCUCAGAAUUACACCUUCAGCCUGGGGGCCUUCUCGGGCGGAGGCUUGUGGUUGGAAGGCGACACUUCAGCUUUUCCAGGCUACACCUUGGUGCCGCCUCCAGACAAGGAGGCAGAUCAGUCCUUACGUGGGGCCAUUGUGUGCACUCGGCGGGCAGGAUUCUCUUUCAAUGGCCGCUUGCGCCACUGCAGCGAACCAUGGGUUGGCGAUCGCUGGGUCGUCAUCGCUUAUACUGCGCCCAAUCCGGAUGCUCUGUCCGCUGAUGACGUCUCCUUGCUGGCGGCUCUUGGUUUUCCCUUGCCUCGCGUGUCGAGCACACCUCCACCGCCAUCUGCUCAAGGCAGUGUCGUUGCAACUCCUGCUCCGGAUGCACAGGUCACGUGCCCAUCACCAACGCUUCCCGAGCAGGUCCUGCCUCCGCACUUUCCUGCCCUGCGACGGAAUCUUUUCCUCGAGUUGUGUUCAGGCAGGAAUCGGCCACUUUCCUCUGCGGCUCUCAAGGCUGGUGUCUCUGUCAUAUCAGUUGAUAUCCUUCGCUCAUGUGAGCAGGACAUCCUCCAGGAUAGCACUUACGAUGCUUUGUUGCGGCUGGGGUUCUCCGGUCAAGUGACACUUGCGCAUGCAUCUCCACCAUGCACUGAGUACAGCCGUCUCAAGUUGCUGGAUAAUGCAGGCCCCCGCCCUCUGCGUUCACCGGACCAUAUGGAAGGUUUCCCAGACUUGAAUGCUGAGGAGAAGCACCGUUUCGAGCAAAGCCGCUUGCUCCUUUUUCGCUCCUUGCACAUCCUCCGCGCUGUGUGGUGCGGUGGUGGCCACAUUAGCUUCGAACACCCUGCCAACAGCCUUGCCUGGCUCGAGAAAGAGACCCAGGCUUUUCUUAAGCACGUUUCCGCCGAUCUCAACUGCAUUGCGGCUUGUCGGUUUGGGGCAGAUUGGUACAAACGUUGGCUCUUUGCUUGCACUUGGCGGGAUAUGCAGGGCUUGGCGUGUGCUUGCAAUCACGCUCCCGACAGCCACCAACAGGUGGUUGGUGCUCGCAACUCGGAUGGCACCUGGGCCUCAGCUGCUACUUCUGAGUUCCCUCCUGCACUGGCGGAGGCGUAUGUGGCUGCUGCGCUGCCCUUGUUCGAGACGUGUGCAGAUCCAGUUGAUUUGUCCUUGGCCCAGCUCCCCUUCUUGUACCCAAGAAGGGCAUGCACUCUCCUCCUUUUGGCACGCAAGAUGGCACCUCUUCGCCUUCAGGAGCAUGUUCAAAGUCAAUGCGAGGAUGCUCUGUUUUCCGCGGAUGAAGUGCUGGCUCUUCGCGCCAUGUGGUCCUCCUGGUUCACUCGCAAGGGCUGGCCUGCCCCCGAUUGGACAGUUCCACCUUCUCAGCCAUAUUGUCUUCAUGCCCUCUCCGCUUUGUCCCGAGCCAUGGGCGAUCGAGAUGACUUGCUGUUUCCUUGCUUGUUGGAGGGCAUCCCCACUGGUUUCUUCAAUGACAUCCCGAGGAGCAACGUCUUCAUCCCGGUGGAAGACGUGGGCAGCCUGGCCUCCGAUGAUCAACUGCAGAUUUGCGAGAGCAAUUGGCAGGGCGCACGGGAGAACCCUGCUAUCCUGCACGAGUUGGUGCAGAAAGAAGUCGAUGAAGGCUGGCUGGAAGAGGUUCCUCUCUCCGAGGCAAAGCAACGUUGGGAUAAAAUCGCGGUUGCCAAGCUGAACGUGGUCCUUGCUGAAAACAAGAAGCCCCGCUUGAUCAUGGAUGGGACUAUCAGUGGGACCAACCGAAGCUGUUUCAUGAACGAGAAGUACAACCUCCCUGGCCUGCAGGAUGUUCGCUCUUGCUUUCCUCUUCGCGGGUGCCACUCUCAGCACGCAGGUUUCAGUUUGGAUAUCCGGGCCGCGCACAAAACAAUCCGUAUCAAGGACUCGGAGCGUGGUCUGUGCGGCAUUAAGCUGGAGGAUGGCCGCCAUUACUGGUAUCGCGUGUGCCCCUUUGGUACGAAUUUCUCAGCUCUUUGGUGGGCGCGGCUUUCAUCCUUCAUGAUCAGGGUUUUCCAUCUUCUAUUAUGGGUCGCACAUAUGCUCAGCAUUUAUGUGGACGAUCUUUUACUGGUCCAGGAUGAUGCUGUGGUGGCAGUGUUCGGCAGCUUGCUUCUCUCUUUCUGCCAAUCCUUCGGGAUUCCUCUUUCCUGGGCCAAGGUACAACUCAGUCAUGAGCUGAAGUGGUUGGGCUGGUGUUUUAACUUUCGCGCCGGAACGUUCUGGGUUCCAGAAGAUAAGCGGGCCAAGCUGCUGCAACAGGUUCGGGUUCUUCUCAGAAAAGGUCCUGUCGAGAAACAGGCCCUAGAGCAGACCGUGGGUCUGUUGAUGUGGAUAACUCAGGCAUCGGUGCAGCUGCGCCCCUGGCUUUGCAACCUUUGGCGGGACCUUCAACGUCCGGCAGCGACAAACUUCAGCAUCUCUUCCAGUGAAUGGCAGACGCUCAAGGAUCACCUGGAUGAGAACUUGCGGUUCCGUUCUACCCCGCCUGGGACGGCCAUUCCAUGCGGUGCUACCUUGAUCUCUGCCCGACACGUCCCAGUUCGCAGCAAGGCAGAUCUGUGCAAGGUCCCUUUGACAACUCGUCGCGUCUACAUGCGGAUUGCUGACCCGCAACACCGGAAGCGGCAUGUGUCCGAGGCGAGCCGUCGCUUCUUGCUCUUCUGGGAGGACUGGUGUCUCCAGUCUCCAUCACUCACAUGCUUGCAACCUUCUUGCAGGGCGAUCUCCGCAACACUUGCAGCCGAUGCGUUUGCUUCCAGCCAGUGCAUUGGGAUUGGGGGCUUUCUUCGUGUCCAGGGUUCCUCGGCAGUUUGGUUCAGUGAACGUUUUGCUCUCUCCGAUAUGCAAUGCUUGGGGGUGCCUCUCGCCCCGGAUGCUCAGAAGAACAUUGGUUGCUGGGAACUGCUCGCCCAGAUGGCCUUGCUCAUCCUCUUUGCGGAGGUCUGUCCGGGUGGUCGUGCUGGCUUGUCGCUCCGCACCUUCUGCGAUAACAGCGCGGCUGAGUCAGCAGGCAAUCGCAUGCUGACAACUUCCAGCCCCCUUUGCUUCUUCGCGCAGCAACUGGCGUGUCUUUCAUUCAAGCUCGGCCUCACCUUGGACAUCCAGCACAUCUCCGGCUUUCGCAAUACAGAAGCAGAUUUCUUGAGUAGAUGGCAGCCGCCGGAGGAGUUGCAGCACGGGUUUGAGCUCUUGUACAGGUUCGUUGGCGAGAAUUCCUGGACACUUCAGCUGCGCGGACGCGACAAUGGCACAUGCCCCGGUGAUCACAGCUACGCCGGCGCUAAAUAUUGCAACUCCUACACCGACGCCGAACGCUGCACCGAAGACAUGCAAACAAGGCACGUGGAAGCGAAGUUCUUCAGUGUUUUUGCUCUUCUUGUCACUGCACAUGUUGUACAUUUGAUAAUUAGUCGCAUUGAUGGGCUUCUUUGUCAUGUGCAGCUUGUGCAUGAGCAGAUAGCUUCAAGCGGUUCCGAUAGUGAUGACAUCCUCACCUGGCAGGUUGUUUCUUCGGAAGCCAAGCCGAAUUAUGUGACAUUGGAAAUGUAUGCUGCGGUUCCCAGUGGGGGUGAUGUCAGCACGCCUGGGAACAUGGACUUGUUUGAUGCAUCCGGCUUGGCGAAGUUUCUGGCAACAGAAAUUGUUGUCGAGACUGGCAAGGAUCCUUUGAGGACCACCCGUGACAAAGGCAUCGACACCAUCGUCAAGUACCAGAUACGAGUGCGAAACAAUAAGACUUCCAGUGACGUUAACGUACAGGCAGAGUUUGCAAGGUUUGCCCGGUUCGAAGAUGGAGCAAUCCUGCCUGCAGAGGAUGCAGCAAUGUUUGCUAAAAGCACCGGCGGCGACCUGGUUGGAAUUCAAUCUUACCAUCCGCCAGCUGGGGAUGUUCGGUACCCCACCGCUUCCACCUUCUAUUGGUUCAGCUUGAGUGGCCCUUGUCCAAAUAUGCCAUCCGCAAAGAAGCAGAGCUCCAACUGCACCAAAUACCAAAAAGGCCUGGUCCCGUCGUCCAAGAGCCAAUAUGUGGCUGGAGGCUUGUGCAAGCCGCGGAUGUUUACAUCAGGGAUACCUGACGGUACGCCUGGUUGCUCUUAUUAUAUUCAGAACUUCACAACAGUGAAGCUUGACAGCAUUGUGGGAAUACAACAGCAAGAUUGUGGUGGAAGAAAAUGUGCAGACUGGCAGGAUUUCCGGUUGCAUUGCAGCAACACAAACUUGACAUUCACCCAUUUGGGAGUGACGUAUUGCAGAGAGUAUGACUACCCAGGGUGCGUGACAUCUUGCAAGGAUCCAUCAUGCCAUGCCCAGAAAGAACUUGGCCUUCCAUUUUGGACUGGACGAUGCAAUGCGAGUCGGAAUUCUGUCCGAGCUUUGGCAAUUCAAGAAGCCUUUGGAGGAAGCGUAGUACAGGAUUACUAUGCUCGUAAUCCUGCCUGCGACAAAUACGCACCGAUGUGCAACAAACCUGUUCCUGAUGCAGGUGUCUCGUACUGUCAUCGUGACGACUCAGGAGUGUGCGAUGCUUGCUAUGUUCCUGGGACGGCCAACCCCCCUUCCCCAAGGCCAGCCUCGCAAGUGCCAUGCAGGGUGGACCUCUUCCUCAACAAGCAGAUGCCCCAGUACAAGGCUGCCUUGCCGGUAUGCGCUUCUGAUUGUCAUGGAGAGUGCAGCCUUCGAACAGAGAAAGAAGCGUGCUGCGUGUAUGUCGGAAAGUGUAAGCGAGUGUGGCAGCAUGAUGAGUGGGGCGAGUGCGACUCCGAGUGUGGAAACGGAACGCAGCAUCGGCAAGUGUGGUGUCCAUUCGAGGAUAUAUUCGGACCGUGUGAGGAAUCCACACGCCCGGUCAACAUGUCAUCUUGUCGUGGAAACAGCUGCCCGUGGGACGCGCACCAAUUUGGUAAUUGGAGUCAGUGUGACGAUGGUUGCGGCAAUGGAACAGAAGUUCAGUCGUUAGUUUGUGACUGCCCCGAUGAUUGUCCCAUGGGAGACAAGGAAUGCGAGAAGUCUGCCAAGCCUCCGCAACCGGCACGCCCAUGUUUUCCGCCCGGGAAGAAGAAUGGGUCUAUGUUUUGCACAGCAUGCCCAGUCGCAGGACAUGGUACAUGUACUGCUUGUCCGCACGGGUUUGAGCUAGAAGGCAUUUGCGAAAUCAAGGAUCGGGUGGCUAUGGCGACGUAUCAGGCGGCAUCUGGGAACUUGUCGCUUGUUGAUGGUUGGCUGGCUUCUGCCUUCAUUCCUGCGUUUCGGGAUGCCGUGAAGAAAGAGACUAACAUCUCUGUCGACGUGGUCAAUUUCUCCUCUUCUGCCGUUCGUAGCGAUGCCGACACAGUAGACAUCGGUGUUGUGGCUGCAAGCCAGUACAACACAGACGAAUCCUUGAAUUGGACUUCUUACCAGCUGGCCAGCAUCAACAUGCAGCAGCUUGCCAACAGCUUCCACGACGCUUUGAGUAGCUAUGGAUGCACUGUCGCACAUGAGUGUUCACCACCUUCGCUGGUCUUCAGCCUUGUCAAGCAACCAAGUAUGAUGUGCCCCCCUCCUCUUGUGUGGUCGAAUGCUUGCAUUGUUCCUGGUACGCCUCCAUCAUCUGGCUUUCCUGGUUGGGGAAUUGCCUUGAUCAUCGCGGGCGUCUUGCUACUGGUUGCUGUGGUGGCUUGGGUCACCUGCAGUCACUGCAAGCGGGCCCCUUCUUCGCACAGUUCUCGAUUACUGAGUGCAGCUUAG